UGAUCGAGCUGUUGGACAACUUCGGCUGGGACUUGAUCCAGUUAAAACCGCCUGGUACUAGUAUACUGCCUUCACCCAAACAUAUGGCUUCAGCAAAGAAUAUGGAGGCAACAAAGAGUAAGGCAGGGCAACUACAUCGGCGUCCAUUCUGUAAAUACACCAAAUCAAAAUCUACUAAGUCUACUACUGAUUGCAACAUCAUGGCAGCGCAUCUGAGGGAGAAGAAACAUCAGUGUUCCAUAUGUGACUUCGCCACAUCGCAAAAGGGCAUCCUGAAACGCCACAUGCUGGUACACAGUGACGAGAAACCCUACAAGUGUGACCAGUGUAGCUACUCCACGGCUAGGAAACAUCAUCUGAAGAGGCACGAAGUUACUCACACGGGCGAAAGGCCGUUUAAGUGUGAGUAUUGUGACCACAGAAUGGCUUUCAAAUACGAAGUUGCCAAACACGCAAGAAUCCACACAGGUGAGAAACCGUACAUCUGUGGGGAGUGUGGGUUUAGGGGAGCUCGCUGGACUGAUUUGAGUCAACACAUGCAAACCCACACAGGAGAUAAACCCUUUACUUGCGAGCUGUGUGGGUACAAGGCAGCACGAAAGUCCACUCUCGAAUCCCACAUUAAAACUCAUGUAGGGGACAGGCCGUUUAUAUGUGACCACUGUGGAUUUAAAGCAAGUCGAAAGUCUUGCCUAGCUAUCCACAUGAGGAUCCAUACGGGGGAGAAACCGUUUAAAUGCACGGUUUGUGGCUACCUGACGGCUUACAAGAGUUACCUGGCAGACCACAUGCGGACCCACACUGGUGAGAAGCGCCACCGUUGCGAGAUCUGCGGGUACUGCAGCAUACGGAAAGAAGCGAUUGUAGCUCACAUGCGUAAACAUACCGGUGAGAAACCUUACCAUUGUGAUGUAUGCGACUACAAAACAGCCCAAAGUGGUCAACUAAAGAGACACAAAAGGACACAUACUGACGAAAAACCAUUUCUCUGUCAUCUGUGUGCCUACAGGGCUAGACGGAAAGAACAUUUGGACAGGCAUAUGAAGAUACACUCUUAAUAAGACUUACAAUGAAAACAUACAUUGCCAUGGCGACGGUGGUUGCUGUUAGGGUUAUUGUUUGCAUGGCACUGCCAUGAUUUCAUGAUUUUGAGGAAGCCUUGGUACCCUCCCCUCCCCUGAGUGUAUAGUGAACGAGCCCCGAGGUCUCAGAAAGUACAUGUAGGGAAUCUGGCAGACAGGUUCUCCCAAGGGUUUCCAGGAAUGUGGGCAUUCCUGUGGACAUUCCAUGCCUUUGGACAAAAUUACUGUACAAUUCCUAGAAUUCUUGCAAAGUGCACACAAUACUGUACCAUUAGGCUCCUCCCUGAGACGUCGCCAAAAUUUACAGUGUUGAAUUUGCACAAAUUGCAUUACUAGCAUAAUAGUAUUAUUAGCAACGCAGCAUUCUCUGUUGUAUUACUAGGCAUAAUAUUAGCACCAUAG